AUGUCCUGUAGAAAAUUUUAUACACCAAGACACGGAUCAUUACAAUAUGUACCAAAAAGAAGAGCUAAAAGUAUGAAAUCGUCAAUAAGAGCUUAUCCAAAGGAUGAUCAAUCUAAUCCAUGCCAUCUUACUGGAUUUGUCAGUUAUAAGGCUGGUAUGACACACGUUGUUCGUUCAAUGGAAGUUAGAUUCAAGAACAAAGUAAUUAACAAGGAAGUUGUUGAUGCUGUUACUAUUCUAGAAACACCUCCUAUGGUAUGCCAUGGUAUUGUUGGAUAUAGAAGAGGUAUUAGUGGUCUUGAAAGAACUAAAGUUUUGCUUGCUGAUAAUUUAGAAGAAAAUGUCAUUAGAAGAAUGUUUGUUCAAAAGUAUGUUAAGAAUGUAGAGUAUGAAGAUAAGAGAAAAUCACCUGGAUUUACUGAAGAAGAUAUUGAAGAAUUAGUUAACACCAGUGAAAUAAUUAGAAUGCUUUGUAAUACACAGCCUGAUAAGAUUAAAUCUCUUAAGACUAAGAAAGCUCAUAUUACAGAAAUUCAAGUAAAUGGUGGAUCAAUACAAGAGAAGGUUAAUUUUGCACUUGAACGUUUUGAACAGGAAAUUUCAAUUUCAGAUGUAUUUAACAAGGGAGAGAUGAUUGACACUAUGGGAGUUACUAAGGGUAAAGGUUUCCAAGGUGUUGUUAAGAGGUAUGGUGUAACUAUUCUACCUAGAAAGACUAAUAAGGGUACUAGAAAGGUAGCUUGUAUUGGACCAUGGCAUCCAUCAGGUGUUAUGUUUUCAGUAGCUAGAGCUGGUCAGUUGGGUUGUCAUAGACGUACUCAACAAAAUUUGAGAGUUUAUUCAAUUGGAAAUGGUUUAGAACCUUUACAAACAGAAUUUGAUUUAACUGUUAAAACUGUUAACCCACUAGGUGGAUUUGUAAAGUAUGGUUAUGUUAAGAAUGACUUCAUUAUGGUUAAGGGGUGUGUAACUGGUCCAUGUAAGAGAGCUAUUACAUUAAGAAAGACUCUUCAUCCAAGAUCUGUGAAAGAAGCAUCUAUCAAGUUUAUUGAUACUUCAUCUAAAAUUGGUAAAGGUAGAUUCCAGACUUCUGAAGAGAAGAGAGCCUUCUAUGGUAUUUCUAAACCAGAGGUUAAUAACAGUAAUUAA